AUUUUGCAGCCACUGAAAAGAGAUUAAGUCGACAGCAGUGGAAGUUAAAUUGUGCUGCAUAUUUAAAAAAAUGGGCGGAUUGGUCUUUAGAUGAGAGAUUGGUACCACCUUCCAUACUAAAAUCAAAUCGUCCUGGCAUGAAGUAACAGCCUAUUUCACAUCCGGUUUACCCAGGGACAUGCUACUAUUGUCCUGUAAAAGUGAAGCUUUAUUUUACUGCAUUCUCUUGUGUUUAGAGUAGAUUUUGCAGUUAGAUCACCAAUUUGUCUAUGACAGAGUUUGACUCCCCUCACCAAUGAAUAGUGCGCGAGACCUGCGCAUACUCAGCGUCGUCAGCAGCCGCUUCUCGAGCCUCAAGCUAAAAUUCGGCAGAUCUGAGAUCUUUGAGGAUUUUUCUCAUCGAAUCGGUGUAGAAAAGAUAUCCAUAAAAGUUUGAGGACACGACGCCAUCGAAUAUCUCUGGCGCAUCGCUUGACAGAUCCUCCUGCGGCAGUCAUGUGUGGACGGAGAGUGUCCGUCCUGCUGUGUGUGUGGGCCUGCCUGCUGGUGGCCAGCGUGCUCGGGGGCAAAAGCUCCGGACAGAACGGCAUGACAGACGAACAGAAGGACAACACCACCGUGUUCACCAAGAUCCUCGACAGCCUGCUCGACGGCUACGACAAUCGUCUCAGACCAGGACUAGGAGAGCGUGUAACUGAAGUCAAGACUGACAUUUUCGUGACGAGUAUUGGGCCCGUCUCGGACCACGACAUGGAGUACACCAUCGACGUGUUCUUUCGGCAGAGCUGGGUCGACGAGAGGCUCAAGUUUAAAGGGCCCAUGGCGGUCCUCCGCUUGAACAACCUGAUGGCCAGCAAGAUCUGGACCCCGGACACGUUCUUUCACAACGGCAAGAAGUCGGUGGCCCACAACAUGACCAUGCCCAACAAGCUGCUCCGCAUCACAGAGGAAGGGACGCUCCUCUACACCAUGAGACUGACAGUGAGGGCUGAGUGUCCCAUGCACCUGGAGGACUUCCCCAUGGACGCCCACGCUUGCCCACUGAAGUAUGGCAGCUAUGCCUACACCCGGGCGGAGGUGGUGUACGUGUGGACUAGAGGGGCGGCCCAGUCCGUGGUGGUGGCAGAAGAUGGCUCCCGACUCAACCAGUACGAUCUCAUGGGCCAGAGUGUGGAUUCUGGAGUGGUUCAGUCCAGCACAGGAGAGUAUGUGGUGAUGACAACACACUUCCACCUGAAGAGAAAGAUUGGUUACUUUGUGAUCCAGACCUACCUGCCCUGCAUCAUGACAGUCAUCCUAUCCCAAGUGUCAUUCUGGCUGAACAGAGAAUCUGUCCCUGCUAGGACUGUCUUCGGAGUGACCACUGUGCUGACCAUGACCACCCUCAGUAUCAGUGCUAGGAACUCCCUGCCCAAGGUGGCCUACGCCACGGCCAUGGACUGGUUCAUCGCCGUGUGCUACGCCUUCGUGUUCUCCGCCCUCAUCGAGUUUGCCACCGUCAACUACUUCACUAAGAGGGGCUACGCCUGGGACGGCAAAAGUGUUGUGCCAGAGAAGCAAAAGAAGAAGAAGGAGUCUCUCCUAAAGAAGAACAACACCACAGCGUACCCGGCGGCCACAGCUACAGUCUUUGCCCCAAACAUUGCCAGGGACCCUGGUUUGGCCACCAUUGCCAAAAGCGCCCCCCCUCCCCCCACCGAGCCCAAAGAGGAGCCCAAGCCCAAACCACCGGAGGCCAAGAAAACCUUCAACAGUGUCAGCAAGAUCGACAGGAUCGCCAGAAUAGCCUUCCCACUGCUCUUCGGAACCUUUAACUUGGUCUACUGGGCAACUUACUUGAAUAAAAAGCCCAAAUUGCAGGGGAUGGGGCCCCACUAAUCCUGAUCCCACCUUCUUCUUCUUUCUUUUCUUCCUCUCAAAUGUUUAUUUUCAGAAAAAAUGGUGUCCAUACUGGUCAAAUUCCCAGUUGCCACAUUGCUUCAGUGUCAUCUAACUUCUAAGAGAUAA